CACUGAUCAUCAGGGCACUGAUGAUCAGUGUAGCCCCAUCAGUGCCACCUGUCAGUGUCCAUCAAUGCCAGCUGUCAGUGCCCAUCAGUGCCACAUCAAUGCCACAUAUCAGUGCCCAUCUGAGCUGCCUUUCAGUGCCACCUAUCCGUGCCAGUCAGUGCCACCUAUCAGUGCCAUCAGUGCCGCCUAUCAGUGCCGCCUAUCAGUGCCAUAUAUGAGUGCUGCCGUUCAGUGCCCAUCAGUGAUGCCUGUCAAUGCCCAUCAGUGUCACCUACCAGUGCCUCCGCAUGAGUGCCCAUCAGUGCCGCCUAUUAGUGCAGCCUUUCAAUGCCCAUCACUGCAGCCUCAUUAGCACACAUCAGUGA